AUGGAUAUCAUCUAUGAUCUCAUUGAAGAGGCCAAGCUCCGUUUUCUUUGGUGGGCACUUUGUAUAUUCGCCAUUUCCUAUUUCUUCACUCAUACAAGUAAAUCAAUGUGGAUGAAUCUUCCUGUAUCCAUUCUGUUUGUUGCUGCUCUGCGCAUUCUUCUGAAAAAGGUGGAAUUUCGUUGGAAGGUUCAGCCACCAAGAUUACAGACUUAUCUAUCCCAUUUGGAGAAAAAUCAGCUGUCACUUCAUGAUGAACGCCUCUCUUCUUCACCUCCCCCUCCCAAGUGGAAGAAGAAGAUUGAUUCUCCUGUCAUAGAGGCUGCUUUGAAUGAUUUCAUUGAUUUGAUAUUGAAGGAUUUUGUGAUAAAUAUGUGGUAUGCAGACAUUACUCCUGAUAUGGAGUUUCCUGAGCUGAUACGAGGUUUAAUCAUGGAUGCUCUUGCUGAGGUGUCAGUGAGGGUUAAAGAGAUAAACCUAGUUGACUUGCUCACAAGGGACAUAGUUGAUUUAAUAGGUGAUCACAUAGACCUUUUCCGAAGAAAUCAAGCUGCCAUAGGUGUUGAUGUUAUGUUAACAUUAUCUUCUGAGGAGAGGGACGAAAGAUUGAAAUUUCAUCUAUUGAAUUCUAAGGAGCUUCAUCCAGCACUAAUAUCUCCAGAGAGUGAGUACAAGGUUCUUCAGCAGCUAAUAAGUGGAGUGUUAGCUACAGUACUAAGAAAACGAGAAGUUCAAUGUCCUGUUAUUCGAUCUAUAGCGCGGGAAAUUUUAACUUGCUUGAUAUUGCAACCUGUCAUGAAUUUAGCAAGCCCUGCGUAUAUCAAUGAGCUGGUUGAAUCCCUUUUACUUCUCCUCAAUGAAGAGGGUGUAAAUUGGAUGGGGGGCGGCGAUCAUUCAACUAGUGCAGCAACUCAUAAUCAUGGUCAUUCUGUUCCUGGGGGUGGACAUGAUAGUCAUACGGCCUCUGCUGAUUGGGCACAAAUGCUGGAUGCUGCAACUCAGAGAAGAACUGAAGUUCUUAUGCCCGAGAAUCUUGAGAACAUGUGGACAAGAGGAAGGAAUUACAGAAGUAAAGAGAAUAAAAAUAUCAAAGCUGGCUUGCAGGACCCUUCUGCAAAAAAUCAUGCAACAGAGAGUUCACUGCCUGAUAGACAUUUGGCUCAGGAAAUAUCAGUGAGUAAACACGGAACAUAUGCUGUUCCAGAAGGAAAGUCUCCGCUGCAUACUGUGGUUUCAGAUCCCCUUCUAAAUGUUGGAAGCACAAAUAGGUCCGAGUCUUCACCAGAUCCUGAUAAGGAAUUCUCUUUUGAAGCAGAUCAUCAAGUUGAUGAAAUGAAGGAUAUCAGUGAUUUUGCUUGUAACAAGCAUAAAGAAUCACUCAAGAGAUCCAGCAGUGCUUCUGUUUUGAGAUUGCAACUUCAUAAGGGAGGGUCCCCGAGGUCAGAAUUCCACAUCCCUGAAUUUGAGAAACACAGUGAAGGAUUUUGGGGAAAGGGUGGUUCAGACUCAGUUGUUAAGAGAGAGGGACAAUUUGUUCCCAAGCUUCGGUGCCGGGUGAUAGGAGCAUAUUUUGAGAAACUAGGAUCCACAUCUUUUGCUGUCUAUUCUAUUGCAGUCACUGAUGGACAAGAGAAAACUUGGUUUGUAAGAAGAAGGAAUUUUGAGCGAUUGCAUCGACAUCUAAAAGAUAUUCCCAAUUACUCAUUGCAUUUGCCUCCCAAAAGGAUAUUUUCCUCAAGCACAGAGGAUGCCUUUGUCCAUCAGCGUUGCAUUCAACUUGAUAAAUAUCUCCAGGACCUCCUGUCAAUAGCUAAUGUUGCUGAACAACAUGAAGUAUGGGACUUUUUUAGUGUUUCCUCAAAGAACUACUCUUUUGGGAAAUCUUCUUCAAUGAUGAGGACCCUGGCAGUCAAUGUGGAUGAUGCUGUGGAUGAUAUUGUGCGCCAGUUUAAAGGUGUUUCAGAUGGUUUAAUGCGCAAAGUUGUUGGUUCAUCAUCCCCACCAACUGAAAGUUCACCAACCAAUUGGAACAUGUCCUGGAAUGUGGAUGAAAUGGAUAGAAGUAUUUCAAGUCAAAAUGUAGCAGAGAGUGUGUUAAGCUCUGAUAAUGAUGAAGGUGAAAAGGAAAUUAAUUGUGGCCAUGAGAAUAAAGAAGUUGCAGAAGAUAAUGGGUGGCAUUCUGACAAUGAAUUGAGCUCCAAGGAUUAUACACAACAUGAUGCAGGGAUGGAAGCUAAGGUUGGCAAGGAUGUUCCAGCAACAAUUUCCACUCUUCUUGAUAAUUUGGAGGAUCCAGAUGGAGUUCCACCUGAGUGGACCCCGCCUAAUGUAACUGUCCCUAUUUUGAAUUUGGUUGACAACAUAUUUCAGCUUAAGAAAAGAGGAUGGCUAAGAAGACAGGUCUUUUGGAUAUCAAAACAGAUACUACAAUUGGUGAUGGAAGAUGCUAUUGAUGAUUGGCUGCUGAGUGAGAUUCACUGGCUCCGCAGAGAGGAUACCAUUGCCCAAGGGAUUCGAUGGGUUCAAGAUAUCCUUUGGCCAGGUGGUACAUUUUUUUUAAGAGUACAGACCCCUGAGGUGUUCAUUGGUGGCAGUGCAUUUGAUCAAAAGCCUUUACCAACUAUAAGUGAAUCUGGUGGAAUCAGUAUCGCCAAAUCAACGUCAGGGUCUUUUGAGCAACAGCUUGACGCUGCUCGUAGAGCAAGUGAUGUGAAGAAACUGCUCUUUGAUGGAGCUCCAGCAGCCUUAGUCAGCCUAAUAGGUCAGAAGCAAUACAAACGCUGUGCCAGUGACAUAUAUUACUUUAGUCAGUCUUCUAUAUGCGUGAAGCAACUUGCAUAUGCAAUACUUGAACUUCUACUUAUAUCUAUCUUCCCUGAACUACGGAAUGUUGUCCUGAGUGUUCAUGAGAAUAUGCAUGUUCACCGACCUGUAUAG